AUGCCACCAUUACCCCAAGCCAAACGGGCCAUUGACUUGCAAGGAGAUGCAACCUUUGUACCAGGAACAACCAACAUCCUCACCCAAUAUGAUCAUAUGUUAGGACGUACAGACAACGAUGGGACCAGAGAGGUCACCAACGAUAGUCUUAAACGGAGUUCCAAGGGGGUUAUUUUAUUACCACAACCAACUGAUUCUCCGAAUGAUCCUUUGAACUGGUCUCAGUCUCGUAAAUAUUAUCAUUUUCUUCUUAUGCUUGCAUUCACUGCGUUAACAGCGGCCAUUUCUAAUGAUGCAUCUGCUUCUCAAGAAUCUCUUAACGAAGCCUAUGGAAUCUCUUAUGAUGCUAUGAAUACAGGAGCCGGGGUUCUUUUCCUUUUCAUUGGCUGGUCUUGUAUAUUCUUUGCACCUGCUUCAUCUUUAUAUGGCAGAAGAAUCUCUUAUCUCAUCUGUCUUUUAGCUGGUACUUUAGGAUCUGUAUGGUUUGGAUCUUCCACCAGAACUGCUGAUACUAUUUGGUCCCAGGCAUUUGUUGGUAUGUCUGAAUCUGUAGCUGAAUCUCAGGUUCAACAAUCUUUAUCAGAUAUCUUUUUCCAACAUCAGUUUGGUACGGUCUUAACUGCGUAUAUCAUGGCCACAUCUAUUGGAACAUUUUUAGGACCAUUAAUUGCCCACAUAAUUUCCAUGAACCAAGGUUUCAGAUGGGUUGGCUGGUGGGGGGCCAUUAUUACUGGUGGAUGCUUAGCGGUUUUUGUUUUUACUUGUGAAGAAACAGUUUUCGAUAGAGGUUCAUACGCGCAAGUGACCUCAGGAGUUAAGGUCAAAUCCCCAUCGCACGUAAAUGAUGAACAAGAAAAGAAUAAUAUUAAUAAGUAUGCUGCUGAAAAUGAAGAAAGCUCAAUAGAAGGUGGUGACAACAAUAGUAACUCCCGAACACAAAUGGGAGAGAAGGAAUUAAUUACUGCUGCACAAAACGAACCAUUGAAUUCAUAUUGGAAGAGAAUAGCCAUCAUCACUCCAUCACCAUAUCUUAUUGGCUGGGGAUUUAAACAAUACCUUGAGCGGUUCCUUGUGUACUUUAAGGUGUUCACACUUCCUGCUGUAUGGCUUUCAGGGCUUUUAUGGGGUUUACAAGAUACAUUUAUGUCGUUCUUUCUUACUACCCAAGAUACUUAUUUCUAUGACGCACCUUGGAACAAAUCUGAGACCGGUGUUGCGGUGAUGAAUGUUGCUACAUUGGUAGGUGCAUGUAUUGGAUGCAUUGUAGCAGGUAUUCUUUCGGAUAAACAUGUUUUAUGGAUAGCCAAACGGAACAAUGGUAUUUACGAACCGGAAUAUCGUCUUUAUUUAAUUUUCAUUACGGCUGUGGUUUCUCCGGUCGGAUUAAUUAUGUUUGGAGUGGGUGCGGCCCAAGAAUGGCCGGGCUGGGUAGUUUACGGAGGGUUAGGACUAAUUGGUUAUGGAUGGGGUUCGGUUGGUGAUAUUUCCAUGUCUUAUUUGAUGGACUGUUACCCGGAAAUCAUCAUUCAAGGAAUGGUUGGAGUUUCUAUUAUUAACAAUUCACUUGGGGCCAUCUUUACCUUUUGUUGUAGUUUAUGGUUGGAUGCUUCGGGUACAAGGAACACUUACAUUGCUUUGGCAGUGAUUGACUUUUGUACCAUUUGCUUGGCCAUUCCAACACUUUAUUGGGGUAAAAGUUGGCGGAGAUGGUCAACUAAGUUGUACUUGGAAAUGGUAGAAUUGACCCAAGGUAUGUAA